UGAGUAUAAACAAGUAAUAAAAAAGGAAAAAUGUAAAAUUUAUUCCCGAAUUCCAAAUCCCUUGUUCUUUGUCUGCACAUUCGGUGCUCUACUUUGGCUAAAGGUUUCCGCUCCACUAGGCAACUUUAUUCACUUUCUCUCUGGCGACGAUGAGAAGAGCAAAGUAAGCGAAGUAGGAAUGGGUUGCAACCAAUCGAAGAUCGAGAACGAGGAAGCGGUGGCGCGAUGCAAGGAGAGGAAGCGGUACAUGAAGGAGUCGGUGUCCUCCCGCAACGCAUUCGCCGCCGCCCACUCGUCCUACGGCACAUGCCUGAAGAACACCGGCGCCGCCCUCGGAGACUUCGCCCAAGGAGAGGUCCAAAACCCCCAAUUGCACUCCAACGACACCCCCUUCGUUCAAAACCCUCAGCCCUUCGAGAUCCCCCUCCCCCCUCCCCCCCUCCCCGACUUCUCCCCCGCCCCUCUCCAGCGGGCCGUCACCAUGCCCGAAAUCAAGAUCAACAAGCCCAAUGGGCCCCACUCCGACCCCGUCCCCACCAUCGUCGAGGAGGACGACGAGGAUUUAGAAAACGAAGGCUCCUUAAGAAAGAGAAGAAACAAUAGAAAGGCCGAUGCUCCCCCUCCCAUGCCCCCUCCUCCCUCCAAACCCCCUGACCCCGUCACGCAUCACCACCACCAAUCCAUGCCGCUGGAUCCCCAGAGCGGCGCUUGGGAGUACUUCUUCCCCUCCCUCGAGAACAUCGCUGGCCCCACCCUCAAUGCCGCCGAAGAAGAUGCUCUCCCCAAGGUUCAGCCCAAGGUCUUCCAUGAAAAGCCCGCCAGGGUUGUGCACGAGGACCAGGUUGUCACGCCUCAGAAGGAUCUUCGUGUUCCUCAGCCUCAGCCUCAGCCUCAGCCUCAGCUCAAGCCCGAGCCUGAGCCCGAGCCUGUUCCUGUGCCUGAGGAAAUGAUGGAGACCCCGCCGCCCAAGGCCACCAAGAUCAAGCAGCAGACGCCCAGUUCUGUGGAGGGGAAGAGGAUUGUGAAGCAUUCCGUCAAUCUGCUGCAGAUAUUUGCUGAUCUCGAUGAUCAUUUUCUCAAGGCUUCCGAGAGUGCUCAUGUUGUUUCCAAGUUGCUUGAGGCUACGCGCUUGCACUAUCACUCCAAUUUUGCGGAUAAUAGAGGACACAUUGAUCACUCUGCUCGGGUAAUGCGAGUUAUUACAUGGAAUCGAUCCUUUAAAGGAAUACCCAAUGUGGAUGAUGGGAAGGAUGAUUUUGACUCGGAUGAGCAUGAGACGCAUGCCACCAUUUUGGACAAGUUGUUAGCGUGGGAGAAGAAACUUUAUGAUGAAGUCAAGGCUGGAGAACUAAUGAAAUUCGAGUACCAAAGAAAAGUUGCCGCACUUAAUAAGCUGAAGAAAAGAGGCACCAGCUCUGAAGCAUUGGAGAAAGCAAAAGCAGUUGUCAGUCAUUUGCAUACAAGAUAUAUCGUAGAUAUGCAAUCCUUGGAUUCAACAGUCUCAGAAAUUAACCGUUUACGUGAUGAACAGUUGUAUCCAAGAUUAGCACAGCUUGUUCAUGAGAUGGCCGAAAUGUGGAAUACCAUGCUAGGUCACCAUGAGAAGCAAUCGGAUACUGUGACAUUGCUUAGAACACUGGACAUCUCCCAGUCUCCUAAGCAAACAACCGAACAUCAUCAUGACCGAACAUACCAGCUACUGCUUGUUGUGCAACAGUGGCACUCACAAUUUGAGAUGCUUGUCAACCAUCAGAAGGGAUACUUGAAGGCCCUAAACACUUGGUUAAAGUUAAAUCUUAUCCCCAUUGAAAGCAGUUUAAAGGAAAAAGUUUCUUCGCCUCCUAGAGUUAAAAGUCCACCCAUACAAGGCCUUCUCCAUGCAUGGAAUGACCGUCUAGAAAAACUUCCUGAUGAGCUUGCUAGGUCAGCUAUAGGCAACUUUGUUGCUGUGAUAGAAACUAUUUUCCAUCAGCAACAAGAAGAAAUAGCUUUGAAGAGGAAAUGUGAGGAUACACGAAAGGAGCUUUCCCGCAAAACCAGGCAAUUUGAAGAUUGGUAUAACAAGUAUAUGCAGAAGAAAAUACCAGAUGAAUUCAAUCCAGAUAGGGCAGAAGAUGCUAAUGCUCCUGAUGAAGUUGUUACAGAGAGGCAGUUUGCAGUCGAACAAGUGAAGAAGAGAUUGGAAGAUGAGGAAGAAGCCUAUGCAAGGCAAUGCCUCCAAGUGAGGCAAAAAACUUUGGGAAGUCUCAAAAAUCGCAUGCCAGAGCUGUUUAGGGCUUUGUCGGAUUUUUCUCUUGAGUGUUCCAAAAUGUACAGUGAAUUAAGAACAAUAUCACAGAACCUAGGCCAGAGCUCAUCAUGAGCUGGGUUGCGCUUCUUUUAUUUUUUCCGGGUAAAGUAUAUUUUUCUUGGUUGUGUUAUAUGAUGCUACACUCGAUAUCUCUUGAUUGGGGAUGAGUCCUGAAGUUUAUAUGUGACAAUGUUAAAUAAACAGUAUUUGAGUUAUCAUAUGAUUGCAUAGAAUGUCGUGA